UUAUAUUCUUUGAUUCAUUCCAAUUAAAAUUUAAAAAAUGUCUUCCGACGACGACCAUUUGGAUACAGCAGGACAACAAAUGGUAGACGAUGCACAGGAACAAGUUGAUUCUAUGCAAGAAGAGGAGGAAGACGAAGAGGAAGAAGGCUUUGAAGGGGGAAAUUAUGGAAUGGAAGGAAUGGGGGAAUCUGCUUUUGGAGAAACUGGAAAUGAAUUUGCCUCCUCCUCUUCACAUCACCACUCAAAGAAAGGCCACAAAAAGAGAGGACGGAAAACAAAAAAGAAAAAUUUGGUGCCUAAUCGAGAACAAGUUCCAGACCCUCAUGCAAACAGCAGCGCCGAUUUGUGCCAAAUGCUUGGGCUAAUUGAUGUUCAAUUUGAAUACAAUGAAGAGGACUUUGAAAGUAUUUCGUCUGGGAAGUCCUUCAAUGUUCGCUAUCGACAACAAUUCCAAGAUAUGAAUCCAACAGCAAGUUGGGCACGUAUUAAUGCUGUAAUGGUGGCUAAAUAUAACGAGUACCAGAAUAUGCUUACUGGACGUGGCAAACAAUUAGCUAGUAAGAAAGUCGGCCGAAUUGCUGGAUCUACUUUGAAUCCACAAACUACAAAAGAUUUACAACCAACGUCAUCUGCUGUUGGUUCUUCUGGACAAUUUGAUAAAAUUGAGAAAGUUGCUCCCCUAAAAAUUAGACUAUCAACAAGGAAGAGGAGAAGAAAUGACGAUUCUGAAGAAGAACUUAACUCCGAUCAAGAAUUUGAAUCUCUUCUAAAAGAACGUGAACGGCAAUUGGAUGAGGAGGAAAGAGCAAAGGAGGAACGCAAAAAAGAACGUGCCGCAGCCAGGAAGGUUAAGGAAUUAAAACAAAAGGUUAAACGGCGAAAGGAGGAAGGCGAAGGAGGGGAAGAUGGAGAUAAUCCACAGCAAGAACACCAAGAUUAUUGUGAAGUAUGUCAACAAGGAGGUGAAAUAAUCCUUUGUGACACUUGCCCACGUGCUUACCACUUGGUUUGUUAUGAUCAAGACUUGGAAGAACCCCCAGAAGGAUUCUGGUCUUGUCCACAUUGCGAGCAAAACGGGCCUCCUUCAAGAGAUGAGGCAGCAGCGGAUGCGAUUCCAGUAAAUAUGGAUACUUGUAGAGUUUGUUCUGAACGAGAUUUUCUGUUGACUUGUGAACGCUGCCCAAGUUCAUACCAUGCUUAUUGUUUGUCACCUCCACUAAAAGAAUUGCCAAAUGAGCAUGAAGAUUGGAUAUGUCCACGUUGCCAGUGUGUUGAACCAAAGAAUCGUCCUGAAAAAUUGCUGAGUUGGCGUUGGAUUGAAUAUGCCUACCCAGAACCUUUACCCGAAGAAUAUCGCCUUAAGGAAGGAGAAAAUGCUGUGAAUAUUGACGAUCCUGAACGACGAAAGAUUAGUUUCUUAAGACCUCAAAAAGAGAUGAAGCCUCGUCGAGAGCGCGAAUUUUUUGUCAAAUGGAAAUAUAUGAGCUACUGGCAUUGUGAAUGGAUUCAAGAAUUAGUUUUGGAACUCCAUUUCACCCAAACCCUACGCAUGUAUUGGCGAAAGAUGGACCCUGAAGUUCCUCCAGAAGUUGAUGAUGGCUCUACUGAAGAUAUGCGAACUGGUAGAAUUGAUGAUAAAGAAAAAGAGGAUGAUCCGCAUAAUAUGGAACAGAAAUUUUAUCGUUAUGGAAUCAAACCUGAAUGGAUGCAGGUUCAUCGUAUAAUUAACCACAUGGCUUAUGAGAAGAAUCAAUACGACUAUUUGGUUAAAUGGCGUGAAUUAGUAUAUGAUCAAGCAACUUGGGAACGUGAUGAUUUUGAUAUUCCUGGUUAUGAAGAUGCAAUAUUUCGUUAUUGGGUGCAUCGUGAACGAAUGAGUGGUGAAGCAAUGCCUAAAUAUAUAUUAAAGAGAUUAAAUAAAAGAAGGGCUGAACAAGGAUUGCCUCCAUUUGAAGAUGAAGAGAAGAAGCGUAAAAAGCGUGAAAAUAAACCAAGCACUGAUCCAGAAUAUUUAAACGAAACAGGAGGCAAUCUUCAUGCUUAUCAAAUGGAAGGAAUUAAUUGGCUUCGUCAUUGCUGGUCAAAUGGAAUAGAUGCAAUUUUGGCUGAUGAAAUGGGGUUGGGAAAAACAAUUCAGUCAAUGGUUUUUCUCUAUUCUCUUGUCAAAGAAGGACAUAGCAAAGGCCCCUUUCUUGUAUCAGCUCCGCUCUCUACAUUAAUCAAUUGGGAACGUGAAGCUGAAUUUUGGUCUCCCGAUCUUUAUGUUGUUACUUAUAUUGGAGACAAGGACAGUCGAACUGUUAUAAGGGAGCAUGAAUUUUCUUUUGUUGAGGGGGCCACAAGAGGCGGAACAAAAGCUGGAAGAAUGAGGACAGAUCAAGGCAUUAAAUUUCAUGUUUUAUUGACUUCUUAUGAGGUUUUUUUAAUUUUUUAA